AUGUCAGGUCCUACUUCUAGGCUUCAGAGUCUGGUUAAUCAUUUAUUACCUUCUUCUGGAUCAAACACAUCUUCAACAACGCUGCCAGCUCCAAAACAUCACAUCCAUACCCUUUCCCCUACGUUUUUUCUUCCCCGCGCAGCAGCGAUUGAACCUGAUGCUCCAGCUAUUCAUCAUGUCACUGCGAACGGACAAACAAUUACACGAUCUUAUCAGGAAUUUGCAGAUCGUUCUCGCGGCUUAGCAUAUUAUCUCAAAAACCACAAAUUCUCUCGAAUAGGAAUAUUAUCUCCAAACACGCCUGCUUUUCUCGAGAGUAUCUUUGGUGUCGCGGCUGCGGGGGCGAUACAUGUGGGAGUUAAUUAUCGAUUGAAGGAGGAGGAUAUCAUUUAUAUCUUUGAGUUUGCGGAGGUGGAUUGUAUCAUUGUGGAUAGGGAAUUUGUGGAGUUGUUGGAGGGAUACAGGGGAAGAAAUCAAGGAGUGAAAAUUAUUGUGGAUGAGGAUACGGAGAGAGAUGAAGGGGAAUUCGAUCAUGCGGUUUUGGAGGGCUUGAAAUAUGAUGGGGAGAAUGGGGGGAGGGGUUGGGAUGGAUUGCAUGCGCAGGCUGAUGAUGAAGAUGGUACGAUUGCGAUUCCAUUUACGAGUGGAACGACGGCGAAACCAAAGGGGGUGGUUUAUACUCAUCGGGGAGCAUAUCUUGCUGCUAUGGGAAAUGUGGUGGAAUCGGGGUUGAAUUUUCAUAAAGGGAGGUGUGGUUAUCUCUGGACACUCCCCAUGUUCCACGCCAUCGAUUAUCCUCUGAUAUGGAAUCUAUUAAAAUCUCGACCCAUCACCCAUUUCAAUGCCGCACCUACUGUAAACACGCUCCUCUGCGCCUCGAAAGAAGCAGCCAAACUCCCAAAUCCAGUCCGCGUCACCGUCGCCGCAUCACCACCUACAGCUCAUCUUUUCGAAACAAUGACAAAUCUUAAUCUCAUUCCAGUCCAUGUUUAUGGGAUGACGGAAACUUAUGGUCCUAUUACCAAAGGUUACCACAUGCCUAUUUGGGAAGACAUCCCAUUGAAAGAAAAAUACAACCGCAUGGCGCGUCAAGGACAUGGAUUCCUCACUUCUCUCAAUCUCCGCAUUAUCAAGCCCGAUCAACCGGAUGAUAAACUCAUAGAUGUCGCUCGCGACGGGAAAGAAAUUGGAGAAAUCAUCUUUUUGGGAAAUAUAUGUGCAAAGGGAUAUUAUAAUGAUGAAGAAGCGACGAGGAAACUUUUCGCGGGUGGUGCACUGCAUAGUGGAGAUUUGGCAGUGUGGCAUGAGGACGGGAGUGCGCAGAUUUUAGAUCGCGCGAAGGAUAUUAUUAUUAGUGGGGGAGAGAAUAUCAGUAGUGUGGCGUUGGAAGCGAUGUUGGUGCAGCAUGAGGGGGUGUUGGAGGCGGGGGUGGUGGCGGUGGGAGAUGAGAAGUGGGGGGAGUGUCCGGUGGCUUUUGUUACGGUUAGGGAGGGGAGUGGAGGGGGAGAAGGAGGGAAAGAGGGGCUGAAAGGUGAAGAUGUGGUGAGGUGGGCAAAGGAGGAAAGUAGUAUUAGUAGGUUUAUGGUGCCGAAGGAAGUGAUUGUGGUAAAGGAAUUGCCGAAGACGAGUACGGGGAAGGUGAAGAAGAAUGUUUUGAGGGAGUGGGCGAGGGGGAAUUGGGAGGAGAAAUAG